AUGUCUGUGUAUUCAGGUUUUGCAACUAGACAACAGGAGUCUGUCUAUACCAGACUCAUUGAGAAAGUACUAAGCUUAACCAUCAAGAAAUGUCUCUCCUUAAUGUUUAAUGAGCAAAUAAACGAUGAGCAGUGGAUUCAAGAUCUUAAAAAAUGCUAUAAGCACAUUAAGUUUUUAGAUGGAUAUAAAUACUUACUACCUAGAUUCUCCUAAGUUAUUGCUCCCUUUGUUUUCUUUUCUUGCUAAAAGCAGGGAGUAUUGCCUUCGUCAACAUCAAGCCACAUCUCAGGUAUGACUGCUUUUAAGAAAUAAAAAGCGAUAAUUGAGCACAAUGAAAACCUCACUUCAAGUUAUAAUAAUUUUCCAACAGAGUUGUCAUUUAAUUUUGACAAAACCAUGAGCAUUCAUGGAUUUUUGAACAAUCAAAAUCACUCAUAGCAGCAAAGUUUAAAUCAAAUGUCUCCCAGAACCUAGUAGCUGAUUGAGGAUGGAAUGAAUAAAUAAGCCAAACUCAAAAGUGAGUCAAAGUAGCCAAGUAAGAAAGGGCUUUUGACUACUAAUAAAAUUGAUGUAUCACCUCAAAAUACAUCACUCUAAAACACUGAAGUUAAAUUAUAAGAAAUAUAGUAAAAAAAACAUCAUAAGACUAGAUCAUAAACUGAUAUGAGUAAUGGUGCUCAAGAUGUAGUCAGAAGAAUUCCAUUUUAAAACUUCUAAUAGAAUUUUUAGCCUGCUGAUUUCAAGGGCUCCAGAGUUGAAGAUGUAAGGCAAAGCAAAAGCUACUUAAAACCUUCAGUAACUCCAGUGAGACUCCAAAAUAAUCUAAGAUAAAAUGAGGAGACUUUAAGUCAUAGAACAGACAAUUUUAUUUCCCCAGAUGCAACUUAUAUGGAAUAAACUUUUUAACAUAGAUAUAUGCCACCUCGAUAGCCAUUAAAUUUAUCCUAGCUAGCGAUUGAUCAAUACGGCAGAAUUAUUUCAGUACCAAUGCAGGCAAGAAAAACCAAGAAAAAAAAGAAGAAAAUCUCUAAAAAUUAUAUAACACCUUCACAGCAAUUCAUGAUGAGCCAAUAUCCGCAACUUAGUCAGCCUGCUAGGUUGAAUGGCCAUUUCACACCAUUGAAUCUGAGUGGAUAGAUAAGCAGUCGGCAAAAGAAUCUUUUUAAUAUGGAUUCAGCUAGAUCUAAUUCUUCUUAAAAUAAGUCCAAUAAUGUGAAUAAGAAAUAUGUCAAAAACUUUUACAAGUUGACAAACGAGAAGUUUAUCAACUUGAAAAAACUACCCCUAUAUUAACUAUGA